ACGCUAUUCUGAGCGCACCAGCGUCGGCUGCUUCCGAACGGCAGUCGCCGGUCGCACAUCGGUUUCUUACAUGAAACUCUACAAGGUACCGUCUAUCAAGGUGUUUUGGGACAUUUUCUAGCCGAGCGAAAAUGGCGGGAAAAGAGGAAAGCUACACCAGACACCCCUUGCAAGACCAAGGGGUCGACAUGACAACCGUGAACGCUGACGAGAAGAGGGAUGAAGCCGAGAACGAGCGACCCACAUGGGGACACAAGGUGGAUUUCAUCCUGUCGUGUGUAGGCUUUGCCGUGGGUCUGGGAAACGUGUGGAGGUUUCCCUAUCUUUGCUACAGGAACGGCGGAGGAGCGUUCCUGAUCCCGUACUUCAUCUGCCUGGUGGCAGGGGGCGUUCCUGUCUUCUUCCUGGAGAUCUUCCUGGGCCAGUUCAUGAGCCAGGGCGGCAUCGGCUGCUGGAAGAUAUGCCCCAUAUUCCAAGGCAUCGGGUUUGCGACCACCGUGAUCUGCUUCCUCCUAAACAUCUACUACAUCAUCAUCCUGAACUGGGCGGCGUACUUCUUCGGCCGCUCCUUCACUUCUCUGCUGCCCUGGUCACACUGUGAGAACCCAUGGAACACGGAAUAUUGUACCACCAACUUCACCAAGCCAGAUGCCGGCGCUGCGAACAUGACCAAUGCCACCAUGGACGGCAACAUGACAGCCUUCAACACCACCAACACAACCUUACAGAUCUCUCCAGUGGUCGAGUUCUGGGAGAACAAAGUAUUGAACAUGUCUGAGGGAGUGGGAGACCUCGGGGAGGUGCAGUGGGAGCUGGCCGUGUGUCUGCUGUGUGUCUGGAUCGUGGUCUACUUCUGCGUCUUCAAGGGGGUCAAGUCCACGGGCAAGGUAGUGUACUUCACCGCUACCUUCCCCUACGUGAUGCUGACUGUCCUGCUGAUCCGGGGCGUCACGCUAGAGGGCGCUGGUGACGGGCUCUUCUUCUACCUGAACCCAGACUGGGAGAGGCUGAAGGACCACAAGGUCUGGAUUGAUGCAGGGACCCAGAUUUUCUUCUCCUACGCCAUCGGCCUGGGCUGCAUGACAGCUCUGGGCAGCUACAACAAGUUCCACAACGACUCCUACAAACAGAGCAUCCUGAUAGCCUGUGUGAACAGCUUCACCAGCCUGUACUCCGGCCUGGUGGUGUUCUCUGUUCUCGGCUUCAUGGCCAACGAACAGGGGCUGGCCAUCAAGGAUGUGGCUGCUUCAGGACCAGGCCUGGUGUUCAUCGCGUACCCGCGAGCGCUGUCGCUGAUGCCGCUCGCCCCGCUGUGGUCCUGUCUCUUCUUCUUCAUGAUCAUUCUGGUCGGACUGGACAGCCAGUUCGUAGGUGUGGAGGGUUUUGUGACGGCUGUAGUGGACAUGAUUCCAUACCUGCGCCGCGGCUACAACCGCGAGCUCUUCAUCGCCGGCCUCUGUGUCUUCAACUUCCUGCUGGGACUCACCAUGGUCACUAAUGAGUGAACCGUUUCUAUGACAGUAUUGAGAUCAUGAUCGGCUACAAGCCGCUGCCGUGGUUCAAAAUCUGCUGGACAGUUCUCACUCCUCUCAUUGCUGUGGGCAUUUUCCUGUUCAUGUGCGUGACGUGGUCUCCGAUGGAGUUCAAGCACUUCACGGGGACCUACUACUUUCCCACCUGGGCGGAGGGUAUCGGGUGGGCCAUGGUCGUCAUCGUCAUCCUCUGUGUACCUGUCACAGCCGUGGUCAAGCUCUGCCAGGCCAAGGGCACAUUCCGGGAGCGUUGGCGAGAGGUGACCACGCCACAGCUUCAGUACCACCAGCUGAGAAGCAAGGACAAGCUGGCGCGGGGACUCAGCAUCGACUCCGACCCCUCUACACCCCCUCCCCCCUACUCCAGUCACGAGCAGUACGACACUGCGCUGUAG